AUGAACACUAACUAUAACAGUCCUGGAUUCGACAUGAAAGCACCGUCGGUGGGUGUGGAGCCGGUUUUGGGCCCUUUGAACGAGCCGCCCAUGCAGGGUCUGGGCUUCGUGUCGGGUAGAGAGCAGUAUGGAUUCCAGCCUCACGGCCAUGGAGAUAUGCUCAAUAUGGGACUACAGCAGCAGCAACAGCACCAGCUCCAUAUGCCGCCGCCUUUCAACAACCAACAGCUUAAUCCUGACCAGCCUUCACACCCCUACCAGGACGGGGUCACCUCCUGCCUGCAUGGGGACAGACACGUCGGCUUUGGUGUCGGCAGCACGGGCCACCAGCACAUGUUCGAGCCAGAAUUCAACCAUUUCACAGAAGCCCAGUCACGAGAAUGUCUCACGCAGCAGCAGAGGCUGGCCGCCAUGCCCGAUUACCAAAUGCACGGCCAUCCUAACGGAAACCAUGCCGUCCCAGCCCCGUGUCUGCCUCUAGACCAGUCGCCGAACCGGGCCGCGUCCUUUCACGGCCUGUCGUCCUCCUCUCCCGAAAGUAACAGGCUGGAGCACUAUCGACUUUUUCAGCAGGGAAGGCCAGGCGGAUCUCAGUACUGUUAUCCGUGUGAUCCUCUCUCUGGCCAUUUUGACAUGCCAGGAUUCUCUACGCCUGACUCCGGUGGGCCCAAAUUGUCCUAUUGUGAAGCAGGGAGCCAGAUGGUGGGGGGUAAUUUCCCCAGCUUCAAUCACGGCGGCUCCCGGGCUCCUAUGAUUGGCGGCUCUAAGGUCGAUCAGCUACCUCAGCAGAACGCUUUUACGGAGAGGUUUGGGAAUAGGGGCAAAAUGGAACCAGGGGUUCCUGCGAGACAUCACCUCAUGGCCCAGCAAAGAACCGGACCCAUGGCUAGACAGAACUCUGGUUCCCCUGUGCUUCCUCGUUUGUACCAUACACCAGAUUUCGUUCCAAACACCCCAGACAUGCAAAACAGCAACGUUGUAGACCACGGACAGCACGGCCAGAUGGAUCAUCCCAUGCGCAGAUUAAACAACCACAACAUGCAUCCCUUCGUGGAGCCUGUGUUUAAUGCCCCUCAGUUUGGACCCCAACCACCCCAUCAGCAGCACCUUAACUCCUUUUCCUAUUUAAAUAUGGCUAAAAGGCCACGGUUUGACGCCCCAAAUGGCUCUGCAGGAGAGAGCUGUCGCCCCCUGAGAAGUGGCUUACAUAAUCGACCGGGCCUUGAGAACCACCUCUCCCCCUCCGCCUUCCCCACUCCCAUGGGGGAGUUCGCGGCUCACGUGACGGACGGUUUUCAAUCGGGACCCCCGUCGCUGAGCUGCGGCCCGCAUCAACAGCAGCCGCUGCCUCGCCAGCAGAACGCGGCCAUGAUGAUCAAACAAAUGGCGUCUAGGAACCAGCAGCAGAGAAUGAGACAAGCUGACAUGCAGCCAAUAAGUCACCACGGGGACGUUACACAAAACGGCAUGGUCCACAGAGGACAGCCGGGAAGCAUGUCUCAUUUGAAUUUUGACAAGAAGCAUAAUUUUCAUGGAAACUUUGAUCCUCAAAGCCACCACCUACCUCACGACAACUCCUGGUUUCCUGACCCACAUCAGCAGUGCAGAGAAGGUAACGUUCACCCGAUGGAGCCGACACAAAACGGACACAGUGACAUGUUCAGACCAGGGGUAGACAUGCAGUCUUUAAAUUCGCCCGGGCCACAGAAUCAGUUCGAGAACAGCAUGAGCAAUCCUCUGCAGGUACAGACAUCUGAUGAUGGACAAGUGCCACCGAGUACACCCAUGGACAGGAGACAGAGUGAAUUUGGAGGGGCAGCUAUGAGACAGCAGCACAGUUUCCCUCCUGGGGGGCCGAAUCAACAGGGAGCUCCUCAAAGCAAUCCCCCUGGCUUUAGUUCCUCACCGGGGAACUAUCCCUCCCAUCCUGAGUACAUCUCCAGCCAGCACCUGUCAGUCAAUAAGCUCGGGGCCCUCUCUUUAGGGAACUUAAACAAAGCCAGUACAAAAGACAGUGUGUUUGGCCAAAGCUGUCUGGCAGCUCUUUCCACUGCCUGCCAGAAUAUGAUUGCCAGUUUAGGGGCCCCAAACCUCAAUGUAACUUUUAAUAAGAAGAGCCAAAAUGAGGCCAAACGCAAACCAGGUCAGGUGGAGAAGGACAUAAAUAGCAAUGGUGGUGGUGUUGGGGCUUGUGGCCCAGGAGCAGAGUAUUUUCAGAGCAAUGGUUCUCAGAAUAAUCAGACGCCUUGCUCUGGGAAUAACAACAAUGCAACAGCAGGUCAGAGCGCUCUGAGCCAGAUGGCAAAAAGGGAAACUGCCACACUCUCCCCAGACAACGCUGUGGAUUCUGGGAAUGAGGGCAAGGGAGCAAUGGGUAAUGGCCGCGGGAGAGGAAAAAGAAGGAGGGACAGCGGGCACAUAAGUCCAGGAAAUUUCUCCCCGUCUUGUAGUAGUAACCCCGUGGUUAGUCCGGGACAGCAAGCAUCUUCUUUGGGCAUGGGAAUCGAGGGCAGAGGAAGGACGCCCGAAAGCGUCCUCGUCUCACCUUCCUUUGGAAAGCCUGACCUUACGACUUCUGUCGAUAGCGGUAUUCAAAGUAUGGGCAAGUCUGAUGGAGUUUCACCAUGUAUGGAUUACCUAGAUGAUGCCAGCCCUAACUAUGGCAAUGAGGAUGCAAGGACCAAUAGAACCAACCUGAAGUGUAGUUCAGAUAACAGGAGUGGCUAUCCUGACACACCUUGCAUGGAACAGGUAAGGACGCCGCUGGACAGCUCGGCCCAGGACGAUGUGCAUCCUCUAGAGAUCCUUCAGGCUCAAAUCCAGCUGCAGAGGCAGCAGUUCAGCAUCUCGGAGGACCAGCCGCUCGGAGGGAAGUCUGGCAAUAAGCCAGACUGCCAGUCUGGACUCAACGGAGACUGUGCCCUGACAAGCUGCAGCCCGGAGCCAGGCAAGGGCUCGGUGAAUACCAUUGACCUUGACUCUCUCAUGACAGAGCAACAUGCCACCUGGUAUGGUCCUAGCAACAAGGCUCUGAUCGAGGACCCUAGGAACGGCAAGUGCAUGGGAUUCUGGGACAGAGCAAGAGGCCAGAGUGACAACAAAGAAGGGCAUGGGUAGAAUCAGUCGUUGGAGGAUCGCUCCUUCCUGUUAACAAGAAGGUGCUGUUCAAGCUUGGUAUGGGAGAGAAGAAGAACCUAAAUGAAGCCAGUGCCUGUCUCCUCACCACACAGGGAGAGUGUGGGGACAUAAAGGAUCCCGCAAAGCUUCUUCUGUCUGUACAAAUUUAAGCACCCAAGAAGCACUCCUCGUAUUCGAGCUGGAAGACCUCCCUGUCCGCUUCUACCUGACAGAUCACCGUGGUGCUAUAUUCCUGUUUCUUUUUCCGCCGAUAAUUGGAUACACGCUCAUCAGGAAGAGCGAGGCCGCCAUCUCACUGUGCGUGUUCGAUGCUGCUAGGAGCCACACACUCUGAGUCUAUUGGAAGACUCCACGAGAAAAGAAAGCGAAGACUAUGUGGUUCGGGAAAGACAAGCACACCGGAUCGGAAUCUUGGACGGCACGGACGGAUUGCUUUUAACAAAUAUGAUUUUUUUUUUUUGCCAUUUGUUCUCUUUUCUAAUUUCAUUUUGAUUACCUCAUUUUUUUAAGACUUGAGUGAGCACCAGAAUAGUCUGAGGUGUUUUGUAAUGUAGGGAUGUUGAUACAUGGUUUCUGGUCACUCUAGAUCAUCCUAUGUCUUGCUGGAUUACUCCCACUUUCCUCUAUUUAUUUGAUUUAUUAGAUCUCUUUCGUUAUUGUGAGCGAUGGGGUAUAUAUUUAAAAAAGCAUUCACCACAGUCCUUCCGUUAAAGAUGGAAACUUAGCCGUGAAUAAAUCUUAUUUUAGUUCCUCAGUUCUUCGGCUUUUUGAUUGGUCCUGGGUACUUGGCUUUUUCUGACUGUGGUGGGUCAACCUUUUGACUUUGAAAGGCCAGUGGGGGGUUCCCUUCACUCCCCCCCCCCCCUUUUUGCUUUUGGAAAUCUGAUAUGUAGGCUGAGCUCAUCCCUUUGUGGCCUGCCUGGCCAGUGUCGGAAUGCUAUUGUUUCAAGCCGAUACUCUUCUCUAUUUGGGUUUUCCCCUUCAUUCGGCCUUCAUUGACAUACUGAGCUUCUCCCUGCUUUUAGACCAACUGCUGCUGAAUAUGUUUGGCCAGACUUGGCAGCCUAUUCAAGCGGGGACAAUAGCCAGUGACAAAAGACUUCUCCUUUUAAGAAAAUAGGUGUCCUUUUGGUCAUUAAAAAGAUCCUCGACCAGUUUAUUGGUGUUUGACAGUGUUUUCGUGCACUACCUCCUUCUCACAAUCAUUAUUUCUUCCACAAUCAUUAGUUUGGUUAUUUUUUUGUUUUGUUUUUCAUUUGCUUUUAAUCAGGAUGCAUCAUUUUCUUCUUGAAUAGGCCCUUAACGUUCAUGUGGAUUUUCACAGCAUGAAUCCCUUUCAUUUUUGAACCGACUUUCAGAUGCGGAAGUGACUUUUUAAACGAAAAGCUGUCGGCAUCGAAAACUAAGAGCUUUUACUGCAAUAUUUACGAAGCUAAGGAUGGUUUUCCUCUAGAAUGUAAAGGUAAUGUAAAUAAAACUGUAUAGCAACUGUAUAAUAUGAAUUCAUUGAAAAAAAUAUGUUGUAAAUCAUUGUUUUCUGCACCUGACACUCGACAAUAUAAAAUGAAUUGAGUGCAUAAA